AAGCGGGAAAGGUGGAACGGGCUAAAUAAAGUGGCAUGCAAAAACAAGGAGAAACAAAGAUUGUGGGGGAACCUGGAAUAGCCGGUUGUUAAAGACACGAAAAAGAAAGACGCGUAGGAGUGUUUAUUCCUUAGAAUCGUCUCGUCUCGUCUCGUCUCCUCUCCUCUCUGCGCGUGCGUUUCGUCUCCGAAGGUCCCACCAUUUCCUCAGAUCCGAGUGUUGUUAGGUUAGGUUAGAUAGAUAGAAAAUGGAGAAUUAUGGACCACGAUAUCCCUACCCUUAUCCGCAGUACCCAUACCAACCUUCUUACCAAUACCCACCAGCUCCUUACAGACCUCCGGGUCCCGGUUCAGAGCAAUACCAACAUCCUCCUCCUCCACCUUAUUAUCCUUACCCUCCUCCUCCUCCUUACGCACCACCACCAUAUGCUUCGCCUCCUCCGCUUCACCAGCACGCUUCAGGCUCUCAUUCUGGCCCAUUGGACUACCCCCCACGAUCAUCAUCUCCUGAGUAUCACCGCCAUUCUUUCGACUACCAGCCUUCUCCUUACCCUUCUCCUUAUCCUCCUCAUCCCCAGGGCACCUAUGCUCCUCCUCCUCCUCCUCCUCCUCACUAUCCCUAUCAAGAGCCUCCCCGAUACGCCCCUCCUGAAACUAAACCCCAAGACCCUCCUCCUCCUCCCCCCUCUAAAACUCAAGCCUUUCCAGAAUACCGCAGGCAAGACUGUCUCACUUCUGUGCCUAAUGAUAACGUAAGCAAUUCUGCUCCCUCUUACGAUGAACUUCUUGGUGGCCUCCGCAUUUCUGACAAACCUCAGCUCUCUUCCUACCCUUCCAACUCCUGGCUUUCCCGUCCUGCCGAUUUGUAUGGUUACCCUAACAGCUCCUUUCCAAGCAACUCUCACCUCCCUAUCUUAGACCGCGUUGAUUCCUCUUCUUCUGGCUAUGCUUCCUCUGAAUCCCCUCAUGGUGUCGACAUGCGUAUGACCCUCUUUGGUAAAGGCUCCUUGAAGGUCCUUUUGCUCCAUGGUAAUUUUGACAUCUGGAUCUAUCAUGCCAAAAACCUCCCUAACAUGGACAUGUUCCAUAAGACUCUCGGUGACGUUUUUGGAGGCCAGCUCAACAGGAAAAUUACCAGUGAUCCUUACGUCUCUGUAUCUGUCGCUGGUGCUGUUAUUGGUAGAACCUACGUUAUGAGCAACAGUGAAAACCCUGUCUGGAUGCAGCAUUUUUAUGUUCCCGUUGCUCAUCAUGCUGCUGAAGUUCAUUUUGUUGUUAAAGACAGUGAUGUUGUUGGUUCUCAGCUUAUUGGUUUGGUUACUAUCCCCGUCGAACAGAUCUACUCUGGCGCCAAAAUUGAAGGCACUUUUCCUAUUCUUAGCAGUAACGGCAAGCCUUGUAAACCUGGUGCUAAUUUAUCACUAUCCAUCCAGUAUACUCCUAUGGAGAAACUUAGUGUUUAUCAUCAUGGUGUUGGGGCUGGUCCUGAUUACCAGGGCGUGCCCGGAACUUAUUUUCCCCUUAGAAAAGGCGGAACUGUGACCUUGUACCAAGAUGCUCAUGUCCCUGAAGGUAUGCUCCCUGGUAUUAGACUAGACAAUGGAAUGUCUUACCAACAUGGCAAGUGCUGGCAUGACAUGUUUGAUGCCAUACGCCAGGCCAGGCGUUUAAUUUAUAUCACUGGUUGGUCAGUCUGGCACAAAGUUAGGCUGGUUCGGGAUAAAGUAGGUCCUGCGUCAGCAUGUACUCUUGGUGAGCUCCUAAGAUCAAAGUCCCAAGAAGGUGUGAGAGUCCUGCUUUUGGUUUGGGAUGAUCCAACUUCACGAAGCAUCUUGGGUUAUAAAACAGACGGUGUUAUGGCCACGCAUGAUGAGGAGACACGCCGUUUCUUCAAGCACUCCUCAGUUCAAGUCCUGCUCUGCCCCCGUAAUGCUGGAAAGCGACAUAGUUGGGUCAAGCAGAGGGAAGUUGGGACAAUCUAUACACACCACCAAAAAAACGUAAUAGUGGAUGCCGAUGCUGGUGCUAACAGAAGGAAAAUUGUAGCUUUCGUCGGUGGGCUUGAUCUGUGUGAUGGCCGAUAUGACACUCCUCAACAUCCUUUGUUUAGGACACUUCAAACAAUUCAUAAAGAUGAUUUUCACAACCCUACCUUUACGGGAAACCUUUCUGGAUGUCCAAGAGAGCCGUGGCAUGACUUGCACAGUAAGAUUGAUGGCCCGGCUGCAUAUGAUGUGCUAACCAACUUCGAGGAGAGGUGGUUGAAGGCUGCGAAGCCUAGCGGGAUCAAGAAGUUUAAGACAUCCUAUGAUGAUGCGUUGUUGAGGAUCGAUAGGAUUCCAGAUAUAGUAGGAGUUUCGGAUACCCCUACUAUUAGCGAGAACGAUCCUGAGGCUUGGCAUGUUCAGAUUUUCCGUUCAAUCGAUUCAAACUCUGUAAAAGGUUUCCCAAAGGAUCCAAAAGAUGCUACAUACAAGAACUUGGUGUGUGGGAAGAACGUGCUCAUUGAUAUGAGCAUACACACAGCCUAUGUCAAGGCAAUUCGUGCAGCUCAACAUUUCAUAUAUAUUGAGAAUCAAUAUUUCAUUGGGUCUUCCUACAAUUGGAAUGCGCACAAGGACAUAGGUGCUAAUAAUUUGAUUCCUAUGGAAAUUGCGUUGAAGAUAGCUGAAAAGAUAAGGGCAAAUGAACGCUUUGCUGCAUAUAUAGUCAUUCCAAUGUGGCCAGAAGGUGUUCCAACUGGUGCUGCUACCCAGAGGAUUCUUUAUUGGCAGCACAAGACAAUGCAGAUGAUGUAUGAAACUAUCUACAAGGCGUUAGUGGAGACCGGACUUGAGGGAGCAUUCUCCCCACAAGAUUACCUCAAUUUCUUCUGUCUUGGCAACAGAGAAAUGGUGGAUGGAAUCGAUAACUCGGGAACAGGAAGUCCAAGCAACGCAAACACUCCUCAGGCAUUGAGUCGGAAAAGCAGAAGGUUUAUGAUCUAUGUUCACUCGAAAGGGAUGGUCGUAGAUGAUGAAUACGUAGUAAUUGGAUCGGCAAAUAUAAACCAGCGAUCAAUGGAAGGCACAAGAGAUACAGAGAUUGCAAUGGGAGCUUAUCAGCCACAGCAUACAUGGGCAAGGAAACAUUCUGGUCCAAGGGGUCAGAUAUAUGGAUACAGAAUGUCGCUGUGGGCAGAGCAUAUGGCAACAUUAGAUGACUGUUUCACCCAACCAGAGAGUAUAGAAUGUGUAAGGAAAGUGAGAACAAUGGGGGAGAGAAACUGGGAACAGUUUGCAGCUGAAGAAGUGUCAGACAUGAGAGGACAUCUUUUAAAGUAUCCAGUGGAAGUGGAUCGCAAAGGCAAAGUCCGACCACUACCUGGGAGUGAGGCGUUCCCGGACGUGGGAGGUAACAUUGUCGGAUCGUUCAUAGCCAUACAGGAGAAUCUAACCAUUUGACAUAUAAGUUACUGAACCAGUGGUGUUGUGGAUAUUUAUUUAUUGAGAGUUGAAAAUUGGUUAAUGGUUUAACUUUUACACAUUGGGUGGGGGGUAUAUAAAGAAUAAAGAUAAUUCAUAUUUGUGGUGUACAAACUGGUUAAUGUAUUUGAAGUUUCUUCCACCA